GCAGCGAAAUGUGAAAAGAUGAAAAUUUGGGCAAUAGUGUUACUGACGGCGGCGGCCGUGUGCGCCAAGCACGAAAAGUAUAUAGGAUGGAAAUCCUACAUCGUGCAGCCGUCUACCCUGGAGCAGGUGAAGGCUCUCCAUCUGCUGGAGCCGACACUCGAGCUGGACUUCCUCAGUCACGCCACCACCAGCCGCGAGGGCGUUGUUCUCGUUAAACCGGAGCACCAGGCCGACUUCAUCGCAGCCUUGGCCAAGUUGGAAGUAGAAUACAAAGUCCACGCUGAAAAUAUUAAGGAAAAGCUGGACUACGAUGAUUUUCUGAUUGAGAGAAGAAAUCGUGAGAUCCGCGCGAGAAACGGCCGCAGUCUUCCCUACGACAACUACCAGACUUUGGAAGCUAUUGACGCGUACCUCGAUGAGAUCGCAGCGAAAUACCCUGACACCGUCACCUUGGUGGAGCCCGCCAAGUCCUUCGAAGGUCGUACCAUCAAGUACCUGAAGAUAUCCACCACAAACUUCGAGGAUGAUAGCAAGCCCGUCAUCUUCAUCGAUGGAGGCAUCCACUCAAGGGAAUGGAUCUCCCCACCAACCGUCACGUACGCCAUCCACAAGCUGACCGAGGAUGUGACAGAUCCUGAUCUCCUGGACAACUUCGACUGGAUUAUCCUACCCAUCGUCAACCCGGACGGUUACAAGUACUCUCAUGACACUGACCGCUUCUGGAGGAAAACUCGCUCAACCGAUCAGCAUACCCUCGGCUUCUUCUGCCCCGGGGUCGACGGGAACCGAAACUACGACUUCGCCUGGAACACCGCCGGCACCAGUAACAACCCCUGCACCGAGAUCUUCGCCGGCAGCAAACCCCUGUCGGAGAUCGAAACGCAGGUUGUCGCGGAAAUCAUGAAGACGUAUUUACCCAGAAUGACCUUGUACCUGACGAUGCACAGCUUCGGAAGCAUGAUCCUGUACCCUUGGGGACACGAUGGAUCCCUUUCCCAGCAGGCGCUCGCUCUACAUACGGUCGGCAUCAACAUGGCCGAAGCGAUCCACGAGCGCGCUCUACCAAACUUCCCGAGAUACCAGGUCGGUAACUCGGCCCUGGUGAUCCAGUACGCGGCGGCGGGAGCCGCUGAAGAUUACGCGCACUCCUUGGGUGUCCCCCUGUCCUAUACCUACGAGCUGCCCGGCCUCUCGAGAGACAUGUGGGGCUUCCACCUGGACCCCGCGUAUAUCCCCCAGGUGUGUGAGGAGACCUGGGCGGGCAUCAUCGUAGGUGCCAGAAGAUCUCGGGAACUAUUCGGUUAA